AUUUUUUUGUGGCUCAGCCUCAGAGAGAAACACCUGCUCACCUGGCAGAGCUGUUAGCCUCACCUGCUCAGAGCCUGCUGAGGUUAAGCUGGUGGGAGGAGAGAGUCGCUGUGCAGGAACUCUGGAGGUGAAACAUCAGGGAGAAUGGAGACCAGUGAAGGGGUUUCCUCCCUCUACCCUGAAGGCAGCAGGUGUUGUCUGCAGAGAGCUGGAAUGUGGCUCUGCUGUUUCUGUGGGAGAGAGAGAGGAGACCUCAAAGAGAUCUGUGUGGGGGAUCCUGUCUGCCUGUGUUGAGUCUGGAUCUGCUCUGAGGCAGUGUGCAUUAUCAGGUUCCUCUUCCCACUUCCUGACUCUUACCUGUUCAGACUCUGUCAGGCUGGUGGGGGGGACCAGUCUGUGCUCAGGUAGACUGGAGGUGAACUCUAACCAGUCUGACCAGUCUAACCAGUCUGACCCGUCCUGGUCCUCAGUGUGUGAGGCUGACUUUGACCAGCAGGAUGCUCAGGUGGUCUGCAGGCAGCUGGGCUGUGGGGCUCCUUCAGUCCUCCAGGGGGCGCUCUAUGGAGAAGGGGAGGCUCCAGUGUGGACCAAAGAGUUCCAGUGUGGAGGCCAUGAGUCUGCUCUCCUGGACUGCAGCUCAGCCUCAGAGAGAAACACCUGCUCACCUGGCACAGCUGUUAGCCUCACCUGCUCAGGUAGAAGAUUCAAAGGUUUUAUAUGCACAUAA